CCUGCUUCGUGCCUCACCUCGUCGUCGCCUGUUUUCCUCCUGGUAGGCACCAUUUGGGAAUAUCGGAUUGCUUCGUUGGUGUCUCCCUUCCCAGCCUCGCACCACCACCUCCUCCUCCUAUGCUGCGUCCGUCCGUCGGUCUACAACUGAUUCACGUCCUCGGCGGCAAUUAGUGUUCCUGAGCUACGUCACGACUGCGACGGGUCGCUGCGGUGUUGGAACGGGGUUUUGGUGGCAGCUGGGGAGAUGGCGAGGCAAUCUGAAGAAGAAUCCACUGUGCCAUCUCACUUCCCGUGCGAUCUGGUUUCAUCUUCGACUCUCACGUGCGAGCGCGUGUCGGACGUGGGAGCAGCAUGGAUGAGAUGGUUGGUGGGCGCUUCUUCAGCCUGGCGGCGCUAUUUCUAGACUGCGCGCCAACUUUUGGUCUGGAAACAUCACCACCAGCCGAUAUUCCUGCACCACCGCAUGUGGCAACUCUUUUGAAACGACCUCAAUCUAUCUCGCAAUAUUCAGAAGAGCCUCUUGUCGCGUGUUGGUGGUGCGCCUGCAACAUGGGGUCGAGGUCGAUGGGGAAAGCGAUAAUUUCCCGUCGAUUUCUGCAACAUGUCUGCCCCGUCGGCCCUUGCGGCUGGCGCUCCUCCAUCCAUGCCUGCCGGCAGCCAUGAGAUACGAGACUACUACUCCGACCAAGGCCCACCUCGGUCGCUACCACACACUGCACCAUCCAUCACACCCUACCUUGGCCUCCGGGCUCGAUUAUCACAGAUAUGGCUCAAUCGAUGGACCAUUCUCCUCCUACUUGUCCUGGCUCGCACCCUUAUCGCAAUCUCUGGAAUCGACAACAAUUUGGGCUCUGCGCGACGCGAAGCGCUGUCUGCCUGUUCCGACGUCGAAUCGAUGGGCUCCGCCAUGGCUUCUAUGCCUCACUACAUGUCUCAGGGCGUGAACGAGGUUGCGGCGACCGGCAUCGAGAAGUCGGUCAACGGUCUGAUUCAGAUGACCACGAUGAGUGUCACGGCAGUGGAAGAGAUUGUGGUCUUCGUGAUCGGCAUGAUGACCAACACCUACCUCUGCCUGAUCACUUUUGCUGUCAGCGGCAGUUUGCAUUCCGUCAUCGGAGCCCUCGACUCUGCACAAGAUGGUCUCAACAAACUUACACAAAAUCUCGGAACCGACUUGUCGGGCGCUGUCAAAACAUUCGAGGAUGCCUACAACAGUUUCAUCGGUAAACUCGAGAGCUUCAUUGCCUUCGGCCAAACUGUUGACCAACCGGCUCCUCUCAAUCUCACUUCCGAAAUGAAUUCAUUGAAGAAUCUCAAACUCCCAGCCAACCUUGAUGCCGACCUGCAGAAACUCAACAACUCAAUCCCCACUUUCGCCCAGGUCAAGAAUUUCACCGAAAGCAUCAUCCGCCUUCCCUUCGAAGAAGUCAAGCAGCUCAUGAACGAAUAUGUGGGCAACUAUACCUUCAACCGAUCCGUGUUCCCGGUCCCAGAGAAAGAGCAACUCACUUUCUGCAGUGACAACGACGGGAUCAACGACUUCUUCGACGGGUUGGUCGACGUGGCUGCUCUCGCACGUAGAAUCUUCAUCGGCGUGCUGCUUACCCUGGCAAUCCUCGCCAUGAUCCCAAUGGCGUGGCGCGAAAUGAAGCGAUGGCAGAAAAUGCAACAACGUAGUCAAUUGGUCAGUUCCGACGCUCGUGACCCUUUGGACGUUGUCUACCUGGUCAGCCGCCCCUACACAUCGGCAGCUGGAAUCAAGUUAUCCAACACAUUCCAGUCCCAACGCAAAAAGGACCUCGUUCGUUGGGUUGUUGCGUACGCUACCUCUGACGCCGCAUUGUUUGUGCUCGCGCUCGCCAUAGCAGGCCUGUUCUCCUGCGCCUGUCAAGCGAUCCUGCUCCGUGCCCUGGAAAAGGAAGUGCCGGACCUCACCAAUCAAGUCGGUGCCUUUUCCGACAAGGUGGUUGCGCAACUCAACAAUGCCUCUGAACAGUGGGCCAUUGGUACCAACGCAGCCAUUGCCGCCACGAGCAAGGAUAUCAAUCAAAACAUGCUGGGUUGGGUGAACACGUCCACGACCGCGAUCAACGACACACUUAACGCAUUUGUGGACGAAACGACACAGGUCCUCAACACCACAUUCGGCGGGACAAUAUUGUACGACCCAAUCAUGGAGGUUCUUAACUGCCUUGUCUUGCUCAAGAUCCAGGGCAUCGAGAAGGGUCUCACCUGGGUUCAUGAUAACGCGCACAUCGACUUUCCACUGCUUCCGAAUGAUACCUUCAGUCUAGGCGCCGUAGCCAGCCUGGCGGACUCCAGCAAUCCCUCCGACUCAUUUCUCGCGAGUCCGGGGGACACCACAAGCGACAAGAUUUCGGAGGCUGUCGCAAGAUUCAUCGACGAACUGGAGGAUACUAUUCGGACGGAAGCGAUCAUCUCAGCCGUCAUCCUGCUUGUCUGGGUCUCAGUCGUGCUCAUGGGCAUUGUCCGAGCAUUGAUGCUCUGGGGCAGGCGAGACAAAGUCCGCGGCGAAGGUGGUGCGCCAGCAUUCUCUUCGAGCCGCGCAACGAGCAGUGACUUUCGCUCCGAUAGUCAAGGGCGGUAUGCUGAAUUUGCGGAUAUCCCAUUGGCCAAUGUCAAUAGUUCCCGGCCAUUGUCACCCGCACCAAAGUAUACGCCGCCCGAAAAGUCCGUGGCGCUUGAAGAGGACUAUCAAGAUUCAAAGCUAGGGUUCGCUGGACGCCGAGUAUACCAAGAGUCGCAGCAGCCGCAGCUCGACAGCAAACGCCGGAGUAUCUGGAAUGGGAACUGAGAUGGAGACAUUGAAUUGAGUUUUUGCAUUGUCGGGACUACAGCCGCCCAAACAUAACGAGAUAUGUACGACAAGAUUUUGAGCAUGUCAAAACUUCGUGCCAGAUUUUAACUGGACAAGCCUCUCUAGAGUUGCCAUACAGCGGAGAGCAAAAGAACAUUUGUGGAGAAAUAAUGGAAUUCCGAUUGAGGACAUCAGUGAGAAAACGAGAACAAACGGGUGGCAUUGGUAAUGCGUGUGUGGUGUUGAAUGAUGACAUGCUUUGUGGAGGACAUCUUCUUUGUUACGGCUUAACAACCGCCCGGGCGCCUUGUCGAAACGAAAGGAAACAACAGGAAGAUGCCCGGGCUUUUACUUUCAGGCCACAGCGAAGAUGAUUUCCUCAAGGUCAGCACCGAGGGACUCGAGUUCCUUCCCUGCCCCUUCUCCGGUGGCGCAGCGUGGUUCUCUCUUCCUCUGGUUGAGAGACACCCUGCUCUCUUCUCCGCCGACCUUCCGAUAGCCCUACAACCCUACAGUGGCUGUCGCGCCUUGUUACUCUGUGACACGGUGUCAAGCAAGGCUUUUGGUGUUGCGAUGAGACACUGUGCCGUUUUAUCGCAGCCGGAGUCGCGUGAUGGAGUGGAAUUAUAAGUCCUUUCGAUCUAUAUACCCUCUAUUCCUCUCAUUCGAGAGCGAGUCACGAGUGGUAUCUCGAGGACGAAGCAGGUCUUGCACAGGACGUUCGGACACACGUUGGGUUAGAGCCCCCUUCAUCCUUUUGGAUGAUGUUGUGUAGGCUCUUCCAACCCGGACUCCUUUUUGUUGUCGAGCUAUGGUCUCGAGGGAUAUCUCAUGGAUUGUCGUUGAUGUGUGCUUGGAUGUUGAGGCCCUCAUUUGCCGUUGCCGUCUAGCCUUUUUUUAUUGUCAUCUCGGAGACUUCGCGUUUCAACCGCAGCCAUUGUCUCUUCACUGAUCGUCGGAGAAAGUCGAAAGCUGAGGCUUCGGUGAGAUGGCAGGAUGAGAUGGUCUGGCUCCAACACGAAUGAGUUCGCCUUCGAAACGAGAUUUGGCAUGCUGCUUCCAGUGUGCUCGACUGUGUCCAUCAAUUCCUGAUUGGUCUCUCAAUGCAUGUAUCCCACGAGCCAAUCAUGCAGUCGGGACUUGUUGGAAGUCAGCCAGCUGUGGUAUCGCUUCGAAGAAGGCGCCCUCCUCCAUAAGCUUCUGGUGGAUCGGAUUCCAGCAUGCAGCAUCCGAUUUCUCCGGUAUGCAGAGGCCUAUGGCGGAGGGUGCGGGCUCGCGAGCCUUGCUCCGAGAACCCCUUCCCUCAACCCCAACCGAAAAAAGAAAAAAAGGAAAAAAAGAAAAGCCGUGGGCUGGGUCCAGAAUUGUCUGGGUUGUUGUCAAUCUGCGUGCCUCUGUCCUGCUAGAGCGCUACAAAGAGGCGGGAUGACAAGUUUGGUCACGUAGGAAGAUAGCAGUCUUGGAUAGAUACCGAAAUAUCAGGAUUCAGCCCGAC